AUGGAUUCUCCUCGCAAAUCGUCAAGAAUUCGAUGUCGAGUAAACUAUGUUCAAUUGCUAGGUUGCGACUCUGAUGAAGACGAUUUCCUUAUUGAUGGCUCAGAAGUACCAAAAUCACCAAAAAGGAAGAAAGCACUUUAUACCGAUGAUAAACAUGAGGAACAGGAUUCACCCAACGCAUUUGAAUCGAAACCAGUCAAACAGGCGAUAUCUCCAAACAUUGCUGCAAGACAACACAAGAGGAAGCCUUGUUUAAAAAACUCGGUGCCUAUUUCUAACGACAUUACACCGCCACCUCUCACUAUGCGACCACUCCUCCCCGUACCCGCAAUUCCUUCUUCGAGCUCAGGACUGGAGCUAGAGAAUGUGCAAUCGCAAUUACAAUCAGGUUGUCCGACGACAUCAUCACCUACGAAACCCUUGACCCCGUUGAAUGGUGUCCCUGCGUUGGUAUGUGGGACACCAUCGUCUGCUCUGCGUCUUGGUCUAUCCCGCAAAAAUAUCAGAAGAUCCCUUCAUCCAAACAUUAAGCUGCCGCGCUGA